UGGUUUGGUAUUAUCUCUCUCUCUCUCUCUCUCUCUCACAACUGAGAGAACUUGUAAAAAUGUUCUUCACUCGGCUUCUUGCUUCAGUUGCUGUAAUCGUUUUCUUGGCUACUUUUGCCUCCGGAGCCACUCCACUUCCCUCUCCUGAAGUGCAAGCUCUGAAGGAAAUAGCGAAUAAGUUGGGAAAGAAGAAUUGGAAUUUUAAUGUAGAUCCAUGUAGUGGGGAAUCGGGUUGGGCCAACCGGAGUGAGCCUAACGGGUUUGAGAAUGCUGUCACCUGUGGUAACUGCACCUCCGAUAACACCACCUGCCAUGUUGUCAGCAUCUCGUCCUCUCUUCCGACGACCAGUUCGCUUUCCCCACUCUUUAUCAGAAGAUAUCGGGAUUGAAGUGUUUAAGUUCCCCUCUCUUUAUCAGAAGAUAUCGGGAUUGAAGCAUCCAGGGAUAGAGUUGCUUUGCUGAGCCUGUUGCAAAUGCAAUGUAAGUGCAUAAUUGUUCACCUGAAACCAUAUAUCGCGAAAGCAGGAGAAUUGUUAGCCUAUAAAUGUGUUUCCAAAAAAAAAUUUGCGAACUAUCUUAAGUUUGUAACAAAAAUGCAGGGCCAUUGCCAUGCUACAGAUGCUCUUUACCACAACGAAUACAAAUACUCUUACAUAUAGAAAAGAGAUUGUACAUUAUUAUUAUUUAUUUAUUCUUUUAACUACUUUUUUUUUUAUAUAUAAAUUAUUCUUUUAACCUCUCUGGAAAACAUAUU